CUUUCCCCCCCUUCCAGUCCGGACACUUUCACCCCCCUUCCAGUCCGGACACUUUCCCCCCCCUUCCAGUCCGGACCUUUCACCCCUUCCAGUCCGGACACUUUCCCCCCCUUCCAGUCCGGGACACUUUCCCCCCCUUCCAGUCCGGACACUUUCCCCCCCUUCCAGUCCGGACACUUUCCCCCCCUUCCAUCCGGACACUUUCACCCCCCUUCCAGUCCGGACACUUUCACCCCCUUCCAGUCCCGGACACUUUCACCCCCUUCCAGUCCGGACACUUUCACCCCCUUCCAGUCCGGACACUUUCACCCCCCUCCAGUCCGGACACUUUCACCCCCUUCCAGUCCGGACACUUUCACCCCCUUCCAGUCCGGA